AUGGAUGACUCUGUCCCCGAUACGCCGGUGAGCGACAAGAAGGUCAUCCACAGCACUCCUCCGCCCGUCAAAGACGACGCAGAAUAUGAGACGGUUGCCACCGUUCCGCUGGGAAACCUCCACCACCUUCCGACUACCCAAUUGACCCCGGCUUCUCAGCGACUAACACAACCGACUCAGCUGGUUGAGCCCCCUCAUUCGGCCAAAAGCAACUCGGUUGUCCAGGUUGCCGCCUCCUCCCCUCCGGGCCCUACGUCGUCCCCCUCGCGACCGACCCCGGUCGGCGGUCGCCUUUCUAGCACUAUGGCGCCCAGCGGAACGCAAUUUCGUCCUCCUGUCUCCGCGGGUCCGGCAAAACGUGCGCCGGUAAUCGACCUCGAUGACGAUGGCCCGACGUAUCGAGGCGGAUCCUCCGAUGACGAUGCCCAAAUGUCCAUGAACACGGACAUCAAACCCUCCACCUUUACCAAAUCCGCACGAAGCCCGGACAAAGUUAUGAACUCUCCGCUGGGCGGCAGUGACUCUAUGAAUCGCUUCAAAGAGAUCACGGCGUCGGCCGUGUACAACCCUAUGACCGCCAAACGCACUGCGGCUCAAAUGGACCCUGCGCCCAAGGGGGUCCCGGUUAAGAAAAUUCGCCAAGAUGCUCCCUCUCGCGCGCAGCCCGUGUCCUCGAGUGUCGCAUCGCUACAAGAGAUCGAGGAUUACCAGGUCAGGGUUAAGGUCGAAAGAAUGCAGAAGGUGAUGCCUCAAAAGUCCGUCCAAGCUUGUCUGCAGGCCCUCCUUUUCAAGCGCGGUAAUUACGAUGAUGCACUGGACCAUUUGGUUAACAGCGACGAGGUGGAUGCAAAUGGCUCGUCGGAAGACGAGUUAAGUACGAACAAACACGCUUCGGCGCCGGCGAAGCAGCAGAUCAAAGCUCGUGGCACGAUUCAGGAUAAAUGGGCCGCAAUGAACCUGCAAAAUCGCGGCAGUCAGAAGACGGAACCGUCUCAGGAGGAACAGAAGCCUCGAAGACGCCUGAUGAGAGGCCCGAAGAGUCGCAACGCUUCUCCAAGCCCGGUCCGCCGCUCGGAAUCCCCCCCGAAGAAGAAGCCUGGUCGACUGAUCCAGGGUCGCAAACGGGUCUCCCCCGAUCGUUCAGAAUCCCCGGAAGCACCUUUGGAAAUCUCCGACGAUUCCGAUUCUGCUGCUGAGGCCGCCCCCGAGGAGGGAGGGCCAUUGGAAACUAAAGUUUUGAACUUCUUCAACAAGUGCCAGAUGCUUGACCUUGCCGACAUCGCCGCAAUUACCGAGGAUGUUGCCGAGCAUAUCAUCUCUCACCGACCAUUUGCGUCUCUUGAUGAGGUGCGCGUGGUCCCUGCACCGACCGGUGACCAGCCCGCGAAGCCCAAGGGAAGCCGUGGGCGGAAGACACCAAAGCCGAUCGGUGAUAAAAUCGUUGACAAAUGCUUGGACAUGUGGGUGGGGUAUGAUGCCGUGGACUCUCUGGUCGCCCGAUGCGAAGCACUCGGAAAACCGAUUGCCACCGAAAUGAAGAAAUGGGGCGUGGAUAUCUUCGGAAAACGUGACGGUGAACUGGAGCUAGUAUCGAUUGACCCAGGGGCCUCGCACGACUCCGGCAUUGGAACCCCCGCGAGCCAGCGCUCCGAGGAAGAUAGUGAUGGUCCUGCAUCCGGCUCACGCAAAGCACGGUUCAUCUCACAGCCUGGUAUCAUGUGCGAAGACCUCAAAAUGAAAGACUACCAGAUUGUCGGCAUCAACUGGCUCUCACUGCUGUUUGAGAAAGAACUCAGUUGCAUUCUGGCAGAUGACAUGGGUCUUGGAAAAACCUGUCAGGUCAUCGCAUUUUUGGCUCACCUGUAUGAGAAGGGCAUCAAGGGACCCCAUCUGGUCGUUGUGCCAUCUUCCACGAUUGAAAACUGGCUUAGAGAGUUCCAGAAAUUCUGUCCCACGCUCUCAGUCAUGCCCUACUAUGCGGGCCAAGCGGAGAGGGCAGUGAUUCGGGAGACAAUCGAAGAUAACAGGGACAGCAUUAAUGUUAUCAUCACCACCUACACCAUUGCGAAGGGCAAGGUUGAUGCUCAUUUCCUUCGGAACAUGGAUUUCAGUGUUUGCGUUUACGACGAAGGGCAUAUGCUGAAGAGCUCUACGUCUGUGUUGUACGAAAAGCUGAUUAGGAUCCCGGCCCGUUUCAGACUGCUUCUGACGGGAACACCGCUCCAAAACAACCUUCAAGAGCUCGCCUCCUUGCUCGGUUUUAUUCUGCCGAAGGUUUUCCAUGAGCGCAAGGAGGAACUUCAAUAUAUCUUUGCGAACAAGGCGAAGACGGUCGACGAUUCGCAUUCCGCGCUUCUUUCCGCUCAGCGCAUCGAACGUGCCAAGUCCAUGCUCAAGCCUUUUGUUCUCCGGCGAAAGAAGCACCAAGUCAUCGAUCUCCCGGCCAAACACUCUCAUGUGGAGUAUUGCGAGCUUAAUGCGUCCCAGAGAGAAAUUUACGAACACGAGCAGGAGGAGGUUCGCCAGCUCUUGGCUGACCGAGCAGCGGGUAAAAAGACCGGCAACCGGUCUGCCAACAUUCUGAUGAAGCUGCGCCAGGCCGCCAUUCAUUCCCUCCUUUACCGACGUCAUUAUAAUGACACUAUUCUGAGCAAAAUGGCCAAGGCAUGUCUCAAGGAAGAGCAAUGGUCCAUGUCCAACCCAGACAUCAUCUUCGAUGAGUUGAAGGCUUACAACGACUUCGAAUGUCAUACCAUGUGCGUCAACUACCCCAAAUCUCUUGGGAAGUUUGUUUUGAAGAACGACGAGUGGAUGGAUUCUGGCAAGGUUGACAAGCUCUGCGAACUCCUUGCGCGCUUCAAAGAGAAGGGGGAUCGCGCUCUGGUCUUCUCCCAGUUCACCAUGGUUAUGGACAUCCUCGAACACGUGCUUGAACACCAGCAAAUCGAGUUCGUCAGACUUGACGGACGAACAAAUGUCGAAGAUCGUCAGUCAAUUCUCGAUGCUUUCCACGAACGAACAGAAAUCCCGGUCUUCCUUCUUUCCACUAAAGCCGGUGGCGCUGGUAUCAACCUGGCGUGUGCCAACAAAGUGAUCAUCUUUGACUCUAGCUUCAACCCCCAGGAGGACGUGCAAGCCGAAAACCGUGCCCACCGAGUGGGUCAGACCCAGGAGGUUGAAGUCAUCCGUCUAGUGACCAAGGAUACCAUUGAGGAGCAGAUUUACUCCCUUGGACAGACCAAGCUUGCUCUCGACCAGGCAGUUGCAGGUGAAGAUGGUGCGGAGUCCAAGAAGUCCGAGGAGGCUGGAAUGAAAGCCGUUGAAGACAUGGUCCUCGCGGACAUGAACCAAGACAAAAAGAGCACAUGA